AUGUUUGGAUACAGAGAGACCCCAAGCCUGUCAAGUGAUAAUAAUAAACGUCGCUGUUAUCGGCUGGUGGGAACACAGAGUGGUGUGUGUGUGGGACUAGACCAGGGAUGGGAUCGGCGCGAAUGUCGUGCAGCUAGCUCUGGUCGCAGAGAACUCCACUCCACACCACCUGUACCACCACCACAAGCACAACCACAAGCACAACCACUUCCUUCCCCGAACGACUUCUGGAAGAGAGACACAGAUAGGACUGUAGAGUACCCAGAGGUUCCAGUAACUGGCAUGGUGUGCAUUAUAGAUCGAUUUACAAUCGAUCGCCAUAGCUAUUGGCCUACUAUCUCGAACAUUUCGAUGCUCAGACUCCGAAUGGUUCACCAGUUCUAA